UGUGUGUCGACUAGGGCCCACGCAGCAAUUUCCAUCUAUAUUUGAACCCAACACAGGAACAACUACCAACAAAACUGCCAAUACAACGCGGCGACCAGAUCCUUAAGUGUUCCACCCCUAAAGACACGAUCACUGCGCGAUUCGUUCUUACCAUCUGAUUACACAAUUAUCUCAGGAGCAAGAUAUAUCCUCCACGUCGCCAUGGCACCCAAUGGUCAGGCCGCCUCUCGACCCGGAGCCAUGCCACCCGAACGCCCAAUUGGUCUUUUUGUCAAGCCUUGCAAGACCGAUAAAUCGAGUCUCUCCGAGCUGGGCAGUUACAUUCGCGCACGUGUUAAGGAGUGCGAGAGCAGACGAUCGAUCUGUCAUUGCCUCUACAAGGACUAUGACGUUCGUGAGCUUGAUGACAAGACCAUUGUCAAAAUCACUUGGGGAAAGCCAUCGAAAGACACCCCCUCGGAAGAGGAGAUCACUCGUCACAAGAGAGCGUGCAAGAAGCUGUACAAGCUUUUGCGUAAAGACAGCCUCACACGUCACCCCUAUCUCACCUGGAAUAACGACGACCUCAAGGCUUGCCUCAGGCAGCGUGGAAUCACCAUCCCUCGCCCGUACGUCAAGGCGAACUACGUCAAAGCUUUGAUGAGAAAAGACAAGGCUCACACUUUCCGCUUCAUGGACUUGCCCAUGGAGCUCCGCUACAUGAUAUACAACAUGGCCCUCCAGUUCGACACGGAAGAACCAAGCCGACCCGGUGAUAUGGUUUACAGCGAGAUGGUUAAGCCAGCUCUGCUGCAGACCUGUCGCCAGAUCCGUCAAGAAGGCUCAGCCAUAUUCUACAGGAUCAACCGUUUCUUCCUCUGCUACCAAAAGGACGAAGUGCUUCGCUUCGAUCCAGAAUACCUACAAUGGAUGCUAGACCAUGUCGGCACCGAGAACCUUGAGAAUCUCCGCUAUGUGACGCUCGUAGCGUUCCGCCCUCGUCACAAAAAGCGGUUCGUCAUCGACAUUGAUCUACACUGCCGGGACCCUCGCAAAUGGAUCGUUCGUAAAAUUUCUAAAAACAAGCACAUCUGCAGCUGCAAGUACUUCGUGAACGGAGAGUCUCGCCCGAUCUUGUCACAGAGCGUCAGAGAAGAUUCGCUCUCGGCAAGCCCUGAGACUGUGAAUGCAAGCAUAAGAAUCGCGAACGAGGCAAUCGAAAAGCUUUGGGAGACAUGCGGUGGUGGUGGAAAGCUGAGGCUCACAGUCGCCGCACUCUCAGAUCUUGCCCUUGAGGCUGUAAAAGUUGUCAAAAACCUGAACGCUUGAAAUGGAGGACAAGGACAGAACAGAAAAGAAGGCAGAGUAGAUGAUAAAGGACACACGAAUAGCGAGAGAUGUACAGAAGUAUG